CUUUUGUUGGAGGCAGUCGGCAACCAAGCCCAGUCCUUGUUCGGAAGACUUAGGAUGUUUUGAUGGAGAGGAGUAGGGUAUUUCCCCGAAAUGUCGGAAUAGGAAGUCAUAUUGCCGAAAAUAUUACCAAGAAAUCAACGCCCUAAUGACUAAGGUAGAUUCCAGAUUCGCCAGUAGAUUGUUCCAUUCCUCACGUGAACUGGACAGAUCGAUUCGGAUCCGAAGACCGAAGGUGGACAAAACUCUAAAACUAACCGGUGAAGAAAAAUACACGAGGGGUUAAGUUUCUAAAGAAACUGUGGUACGUCGGUGGGAGAGUAUAAAAGGAACACAAUGGUUAGUGAUGGUCUUGAGCUAUAGAAGUAUUCAGUUGAGAUAACAAAUAAAGAUGGCUUGUGGGGAAGGAUUUGAAUAUAUAAAUAUUGUGCCAAAGAAGCUACCAGUUACCUCAGAAAAUGGAGUGGUGAUAGUUGACUUGACAUCAUAUGAUCCAGUAACCUCUGAAGAGUUUCCUGAAUUCUCAAGCAUCCAGGAUCUUCAAGAUUUGAGAUUUUUCUCCAACUACCUCAAAGAAAUUCCUGAACAGUUUUUUGAGAUCAACCACCACCUUAAAUCUCUGUUUAUGUGUUGUAGUACCAUCAAACCAGACAAUGGUCUUUUGCGACUGCCAACACGUUUUAACUGCUUUUCUCACCUGGAAGAGCUUCAUUUAGUUGGAAAUCACUUUGAGGGGUUUCCUUUGCCUAUUUGUAACCUUGGCAAUGUUAAGACACUGUACAUGGAUAACUGCACUCUCACAAAGAUUCCCAAAGAAAUUAAGAACAUGUCAAGUCUUGUGGUUGUGGACUUCAGCUAUAACAGUUUUGGUAAUCCUGACAGUUUACCAAAAGAAUUUUUCCAAUUGCCAAAUGUCAAGGAUUUAUACUUAAUAGAUUGUCAGUUAAACGAGCUUCCCUCAGACAUAGGAGGAUUAAGGAACCUAGAAGGCUUAAGAAUUGGAAAGAAUAACCUUACUAAGCUUCCAGAUGAACUGUUUGAUUUGCCCAAACUCAGUAAACUUAGUGUUGAAGGAAACAAGAUAUCAGAGCUAUCCCCAAACAUUUGCCAGCUUCAUUCUUUGAAACUCCUCUUGAUUAUGGAGAACAGGCUGAUCACUUUGCCAGAAGAAAUCAGGAAUUUAUCAAACUGCAUCCAUAUCAAUUUGUUUGAUAACAAACUUACAUAUCUUCCUCGCUCUAUCAUCGAAAUGCCAAAGCUUGAAACUUUAAUUGUGGAUGGGAACAAUAAUCUGCGGAAUCCACCUCUAGAUGUCUGCUCUCGCGGCCUUGACAGUAUCAGGGGCUAUUUCGAAACCCUAGAUGCCCAGGAUGUGAAUACAGAGACAGUUGAUUCACAGCGUUUGGAGGUUGUCCUUUUGGGUGAAUCAGGAGCUGGAAAGUCAAGUCUUGCCUAUGCUCUUGUUCAUGCAAAAGCACUUCUGCACCCAGAUAAUGAAGCACACAGUACAGUGGGUGUGGAUUUCUUUAAUUGGAGACCAUUUGCCAGUGUCAUAGAGUUUCAUAUUGUGGAUUGUGCAGGGCAGAGGGGGUACCAGUUGACACAUCCAUUUUUUUUGUCCUCAGAGGCCCUACAUAUCUUGGUCGUGGAUCUCUUUAAGUAUGAACCAACUGAAAGCUGUUUUCAGAAGACUGUUGGUGAUUGGCUGGAUCUGGUCACAUCACGCAUCUUGAAGCCAAGGAUAAUGAUUGUGCCCACUCACUUGGAUAAGUUUGACCCCAGUGAUACCAGCACUGUUAUUUGCUACUGUAAGGAUAUCUUGAAGCGAGUGCAAGAUUACUGCAAAGGUCAAAAAGCUCUGAUUGAGUAUGAAAUUUCAGAAAAAAGGAAGAAAGGCCUUAAGAAUCCUUUGAAGGGAGGCUCAAACCCAGAGUGGAAGAUAGACAACCCUCCAAUUAUUUCUUCUGUUCUACAUCAUGCUUUUUAUGAUGCUUUGCAGGAGCCACCCCCAACUGAGCCAGUUUGCAACACAAGUUACAUCGCCAUGGUACCUGUUAGUAAUGUCAGUGAGCUAACUGGGAUAAAUGCGUUACAAGAUGAGAUCAUACGUAUUGCUGAAGAUAGAGAACUCUUUCCAUCUGUUGGCAGAGAUUUGCCUGAAGAGUGGGUCAAACUUGAAGUGGCAUUGAGGAAGAGUAGAGAAAAUGACCAGGUUCGUUGUAUGUCUUAUGAAGAUUUUGAAAAGUUUGCCAGAGAACACACUGGUCUUUCUAAGAUGGGAUUGCGCUCAGCAGUAACAUAUCUAGAUUCAAUUGGCGAAUUGCAUUAUUACAAGGAUAUUCCUUCAUUGCACAAGAAUGUGUUCAUUGAUCUUCGAUGGCUGGCAAAAUUGGUGAAGUGCCUUUUCCGACAUGACCUGCAGGAGACAUUGAACUUUGAUGAAAGCUUUCAAAGGUUUGGGAUGAUUCGUGGGUAUUUUGAUGAACUCAAGAAAAACCUUAUUCAGGAAGCAAGGUUGUCAAAGGCUCUCUUGAGAUGUCUCUGGGCAGAGAUUGAACUAGAUGAAGCCAUGUUUCUCCAGAUGGUCGAACUUCUUCAUCAUCUUGGUCUUGCAUGUCGUCUGCCCACAGAUGAUCCUGACAACUUUAACCUUUUAGUUCCUUGGUUUUUGACUGAUUAUCCUGAAGAAGUUGAAGGUCUGUCAGAAAACCUGACUGAUGAUGAGGUAGAGAUUAACUUGCUGUUUAUGAUGUCCUACUUACCCCCUGGUUUGUUUGAUCGCUUACGUGUUCGCUGCUGUUCACUGGGAUUUGACUUUUACAACUGGAAAGAUCACUUGCUGUUGUUUGGGAAUUAUGAAAGAAUCCUGAUUCAUAAACAUAGUUACCCUGCAGGAGCUGAUUCAAGCUCACCAGCCAUUUACAUCAAAGGAAGAGGGAUAAAGGCAGAAUUAAAUUCACUAUGGAAAAUUCUUUUGAACAUUUUUGAGGAGACAGAUGCCCUGUUAACUGAAUGGCAAAGACUGAGUGUUCAGCGUUUUGCUCUGUGCCCACCAUGUACACAGAAAAAGAAGGCCAACCCAUGUCUCUUCCAAUUCAACUGGAUGAGCUCUGCUUCAGCAAGAAAGCACAGUUGGCCUCGGACCACUAAGAUAUGCAAUGCAGGGCCAGGUAUCUUCCGUGGAGAAAAGUUUGAUGCCAACCUCAUCUUUCCUCCUCCUGACAUUGUAAAUCAAUUACUUGAUUCUAAAUGGCCACAACUUCCGAAGCCAGUUUCAGAAAUUGUCCCUGACUCCCUCAUUGCAGACCUCUCUCAAAAAAUUCCUAUGGAAUGGAAGCUAUUGGCAAGUUAUUUGGAUUUGAACGCUGAUCAUGUUGCCACUAUUGAUCAAGAAAAUACCAUAAUUGCUGAAAAGGUUAUUGCCAUGUUCAAUGCAUGGAAACAUGCGCAGGGAGCAAAUGUAACUCGCAGUAAACUAGUGACUGCUUUGGUUGGUGUUGGAAGAAAAGACUUAGCUGAAAAAGUUCUCACCUACCAGAAGGAAUGAUUCUUUUUCUUAGUGUGGCAGAGAAGGUAAUGGUUUCAAACAGGGACGGGAUGGAAAGGAGACUGCAAAAUUUGAAGCUACUGUUUUUUAAAAGAUAAACUUGAUGGCAUUUUUGCUUGAGGGGGUGUUAAAAUUAACUUGAUUCUUGGAGACAAUUCUGUUUUAUGAGCAAGGGACUACAAGACCUUUGAGCAUGUUGAGGAAGGAAGGAAUAAUUAUUAUUUAAUUCUAAGGUGGAAAUGGUUUAAUCAACAUUAAAUAAUUCUUUAAAUUUAUUGAAUAGGAUUUUUUUUUGAUAAUACUAAUGAUUGAUGGAAACCUAGAAAAAAUAAAGAUAAAUGGAGUUUUCUAAAAUAUGACAAUAUUUUAUUGGUUGCUUUUCUUUUUUACCUGUAGUUGUGAAACUGAUUGUAUAGUUUUGUGUGGUUUUUAUAUGUUUUGACAUAGUUUAGAUUAGUUUGAAAUUAUUUUAUUCACACCAGGAAAUUAACUGGCUUUGUGGAGAUGAAUUUCAAAAGCAUCAAGUCACUGGCAACAGAGCUGAAACACAUCAGCACAUGUUGGUGACUUUUGCCGGCUUGUGCUUGAAACGAUGGGAACAUCAGCCUUAAAUGCUGGAAUUGUGAAAAAUUGUAAAGGAGUGAGGUUUACUCCCCAAGUUGAGACAAAAGCAGAGAAAUCAUUUGUUUCAGACAGUCCUUCAAACUGUGAACUGCUGCACUGUGAUUUCAAAAAUGUGCUUUGUGUAGGCUGAGCUACAGUAAUAUCUGUAGGUGAGCUGGGCAGUCCUCAGCCAGAGUCUUUUUCAAGUCUGCUUGAAGCUCAGUCACCACUGGCACAUUCUAGCCUCAUGUUUGUUAUUGAGUCCCCUGCACAAAUAAGUUUCAAAACUUUCAAUGAAAAUUGAUUCACAAUUGAUGACAAUCGAUUACAACCAACAACACAAUUUUAAUGUUAAUAAAAUUUGGUUGUGUCACAAUUGACAUCAAUGUUAUGAAAAUGAUACACAAAUGAUACUACCCUUUUCAUAGUGUUAAUGAGGUGUUGAAAGUUGUAACAGUUACUGAGGAUAGUUCUUAAAAUGUUACUGUAAUCUGUUAAUAGGUAGGCUCACGAAGAGAAGCAAUGUCAUUUUCGUGAAACAAAUUCUUUCUUCUUUUUUCCCUGUUUGUUAAGACACAAGUGAUUGAUUUUUAAACAAAGAGAAACAUAGGAGAAUUCUUUGUACAUUGACUUGAAAAAGACAUUGCUCCAUUCAAAUUCCAGCUCAUUUAAAAUAUAGAAGCUCUAUUAGACAUUUUGGUAAAACACUUUUUAAAACUAGUUGCAGCUUUGUGUCUUUAAGAGAUAAAGAAGUGAAAAUCAAAUACAGCAGAGGUGCUUGCUGGUAAAGUAUUGCAUAUAUAAGGUAUAAAAACAGCUCUGACUGUAACCAAUCAUCACUCAGUCCUUUCAAGACACAACAAAAGUCAACUUGAAGUAAAAAUCUUACAGGGAGCACUUAAGAUUUCCUUUAUUUUCUUAGUUUGUUGUACUUUAAGCAAACAGCCAACUUUUCACACUUCAGGUCACAAGCUAAAACACUGGGUCCAGAUGGUAAACUUCCUGGGUAAAGGAAGGAAUGAAAAGGAAAACCCUUGUUUUUUUACAACUAUUUUGUUUUGUCAAUGACCGUGAAUAUAUGAAAAUCAUAUGCAUGAACUGCAGUUAAAGAAAUAAAAAUGAA